ACUGAACCAACAGAGCCGCGAAGAUGACCGCAGCUCUCUGCUAGCCAUGGCUGCAUCCCUGCGGUGUUUUCCCUCCUCCUUCGCAGAUGUGGACGAUGACGGGCAGGAGGAAGAGCAAGUUGUUUUCAAAGGCCUUUCGGAUUCGCAAUCCGCGGCCGGAGAUGCUGAGCAAAUAUCAAUUUUCAAGUCCAAACCCGCUGACCUGGCAAUGGUUGACGAAGACAUGAUGCUUUCGACAGAACCUUUACCAGAAGGCAUUGCCGUGACACCAGUGUUCAGCUGGGUGUAUUUUCGUUUGUGCUCUGAGCUGGACUUGAAAUCAGUCUCCUGCAAGCUUCGAAAUGCAGAGUACAAUCCCCGCAAAGGUCUGCAUAGAAUGCACUUGAGACUGCUCAAGCCUGCUACGGAUGCCACGGUUUGGUCCAAAGGAACGGUCCACUGUUGCGUCAAGGGCGAUGGCGAUGGCCAAGCAGCUGCCCGUCGGAUAACGCGCCUUGUGCAGAAAUGCGGCUAUCCAGAUGCAACUUGCAAAUCCUUCCGUUUAAUGAAGCAAAAGGUCAAAGCCGAUCUUUUCUUCCCAGUCAGGUUGGAAGCGCUGGCACAGAAAUGGAGCCGACAUGUUCUCUAUGUGCCAGAUGUUUGCUGUGCGGCAUCUCUGUACAUAAAGCAUCCGCAAUGCCACCUUCAAGUUUGGCACACUGGAAAGGUGACAGCAAUAGCUGAGAACUUUGAAGCUGGCAAGGAAGCCAUCCGCAGAGUGUAUAGCCUUUUGCGUGAGUUUUCGCUUUAGGAGAGAGGAAGAGCAAGGCAAGAGUCGCAAAA